AUGCUCCCGCCAUUCGCUUUGCCUCGGAGCAGGAAACUUUCCGCCGCGGCCAGGACUUACCUUCUGGAACGCCUCAACAUGCUUGACGAGAGCGGGCAACGCGGCGUCUUGCCACCGCUGCCGCCGCCGCCGCCGCGAGCGCAGCUGCUGGUGGUGCUGCCACCGCGCCCGCCGUCGCCUUCUUCUUCAUGCCGCGGUUCCUCCUUCGCAGCCUCCCGGGCGAGGCGGAAGACACGGAGGGAGCUGGCGGCGCGAAGCAUGUGCUCGUCAGGUCCCCGAGCUUUGGGCUCCUCGCGGCGGCCGCCGCCACAUUCCCACACUGGCGAGGCGGGCGAAGUGCGUGCUGACGCGCGCUGCUCCAGCAGGCAGGCGAGGAAGUGCAGGCGAGCCGCGAGAGGGAGCGCAAGGAGGCGGGGAGCGGCGGCAGCAAAGAAGCCGCCUUCAGCGAGCGGGUGGUCCCGCCCCCGAAGCUCUUCCCCGCGUGGGCAAAGGCAGCGCGCUGCGGGCCGAGAGCCUUUGUCGCGUGGCUCGUGCAGCUGUGGGGCGUCCCUCCGGAUUCUUCCAGGCAGCCACGCAGCGCUGCUGCCGGGGCUGUCGGCUCCGCCAGACGGAAACCCCGCACCCGUUUUCCGUGACGCAAGGGAAGACCAGGAAUCUGGGAAGCCCCUUCCCCAUCAAAAGGAAGCCAGGUCUUUAGCCCUCUGCCCUGCUUUACUUAGUUGGUUGACUUCACUCUCAGUGGUAGUGAUGAUGUUACCUAGAUGGGUAAUGAAAGGUCUGCAAGCAAUCAACCAAGCUCAGAGAGCACCAAGGACUCCACAGUUCAACCCUGAACUACAGAUGUUCUCUUCUAUUAUUUGAUUGAUGUGUAUCUGAGCCUUUUUAUCCUCAAGGCGGCUGGCAUUAAGAAUUCCCUUCAUUUUACUCUCAGACCCAGUAAGGUAGGAUGAGUCGAGCACGAAGGAUUGGCCCAAGAUUGCCCAGUGAGUGAAUAUGGUAAGAGAAGACUGGAUUUUGCCAGUCCUGUACCCCAGUGGCACUGUUGGUACUGCUGAGAGUCAAAGGCGUCCUGAUGUCUAAAGACUUAAACACUAUA